CGCUAAAUGAAAGACAGAAUUCAUUUGUUAUUGUCAAGAACUGAACACUUAUCUUGACUUAGGACAAAGAAUUUGUAAUUUGUGGUCUUUCGCUUGCGGCUCUGCGUGAUUCCUAUUCAAAUAUUGAUGUUAAUUUUAGGUUAGUACUCACCUUGUAGGUUGUUCAGCAAUAUUUGAUCUGCACAAUGUCGAAUACGUUCGCUACUCCAAAAGAACUUGUUGAAGAACUUUGUAGAUUGCGUGAUUUGAAAAUAGGCAUUUUUGGCGAGAAAAAACCUACCAUACGCUCUGUCUCCUUUGCUGUUCCAGGUACAAAGUAUGAACUGACGUCCUGGAGGGUUUGGGAACAGGCUUACCGUAUCAAUGUGUCCGACAGCAAGAAGACAUACGACAGUGUAACUGGUCAAAAAAGACGUUUACCAACAUGUGCUCGUGGUUUGUUCACCUAUAAAGAUCCGAACUCAGAAGAGCAAAAGAUUGCUAUUCGGGGUUACGACAAGUUUUUCAACAUUGAUGAAAUUCCCCUUACUACUUGGAAAUCUAUGAAAGAACAUACAAGGGGACCCUAUGAGUUGACUGUCAAGGAAAAUGGCUGUAUCAUAUUUAUCAGUGCUUUAUCCAAUGGCGAGCUCAUCAUUACCAGUAAACACUCUUUUGGAGCUGUUGAAGGCCAAAGCGUCUCCCAUGCGUUAGCUGGAGAACGUUGGCUUGAAACCCAUUUACAGAAAGUUGGUAAAUCGAAGAAGGAACUUGCACAAGAACUUCUUAAGCGACAAGCUACGGCUGUGGCAGAGUUAUGUGAUGAUGAGUUUGAAGAGCACAUUCUUCCGUAUCGAGCUGAGUAUCGCGGUUUAUACUUACAUGGCCUAAACUUGAAUGUUCCCGAAUUUACCACGGCAUCAUCAGAAGAUGUAUCCACGUUCGCGAAAGUCUGGGGAUUCUUAAAAACAGACUCAUUUCACAUUCAGAAAUUUGAAGAGAUGAAAAAUUUUUUGGAGGAAACUGCAAAGACUGGAAAGUGGAAUAAUCGCAGUGUCGAGGGGUUUGUUGUACGCUGUCAUUCUACUGUCCAAGCUAAAGAGCAUAAGCCGACAAAUGAUUUCUUUUUCAAAUACAAGUUUGAUGAGCCAUACGGCAUGUUUCGACAAUGGAGAGAGGUUACGAAGAUGCUCAUCCAUGACAAACCUCUAAAUUACGUUAAAUACAAGAAAAUUACAAAUGAGUAUGUGAACUUCUGUAGGAAAAAAUUCCAAGAAAAACCCGAAUUGAAAGUUCUUUAUCUUAACAACAAAGGCAUUAUAUCUUUGCGUGAAGAGUUCUUACUUCUCUCCAAGCUUGACGCUAUGACUAUUUCGGUCGAGUCGAGUAAUGAAAAGCCCUACACACUGCUAGUACCUAUUGCCACAAUUGGUUGCGGGAAAACAACGGUCGCUAAGAUUUUGGAAAGGCUAUUCAACUGGCCAGUUGUUCAAAACGACAAUAUUCCUUCAGGUAAGGGAGGUCCCAAGAGAUUUGCACAUGCAAUCGUCAAUGAAUUUCAAAAUGGUCACUCUAUUGUUUUCUCUGAUCGAAAUAACCAUAUUCCGAAUAUGAGAAGUGCUCUUCGAAAUGAUGUAUCGAGUGAAUUAGGCGGUGUUCGUUACAUAGCUUUGCCUUUUCUACAAAACUCCAAUACUCGUUCAUUCGUACAAAAGCGUAUAAUAAAUAGAGGUGAUCGUCACCAGUCUAUCAAAGUAUCAGAGGGUGUGGAAAAGGUAGAUGCUAUUCUAAACAUGUUUUACAAACAGUAUCGACCAUUUGAUCCAGAGUUGUUUUCUCACGACCAAGGUUACGAUGAUGUCGUAGAAUUAGACGCUCAUGCUGGAUCUCUGGAAAAUGCUCGUCUCAUAGUGGAUUACAUACGUGAACAUAUGCCCGAUUUGGUGCCCCAGAAUCCUAGUGAGGAAGAAUAUCAGCAAGCUUUGGAAUAUGCUGUUAAUGAAUAUGUACCUACCUACACAAAAAACAUGGGAGGGAGUUCGUUGAAAAAGAAAGAAAAUUUCGAUGGAAUUAAUUAUUUUGGAGUCUGCUUUCCUUCAGAGAAAGUUAACAAUGUUCUGAAGGAAAUAAUCAGUUCAAAAGGUAUAAGCUGGAAUGAUAUGUUUGCUUCAUACACUCUUCAAGAAUCUUUUCAUGUUACAAUGAUUCACAAUUCACAGAUUGCAUUCGGCCCCGAAACUGCUAACCUAUGGCAGCAAUACCUUAACCAACUUGAGAAUAAACAUGAUGGUAACAAUCAAGUGAACUUCACUAUUAGAAACCUCGUAUGGGACGGAAGAAUAAUGUGUUUUGCCGUUGACAUCGACUCGAAGAGUGUCUGGUGUGGAAAAACUGUAAAUCCUCAACUUCACAUCACAUUAGGUACCACAUCGCCUUCUGUUAAAGCAUAUGACUCUAAUUUAAUGCUGGAGAGGCUAAGAGCAGGGAAAGCAUCAGAUGAACCAAAAAUUCAUGUACUUGAUGUUGAACCUAAAGUCAAUAUCAUGGGAACCUUGCAAUCCGUCCCUAAGAAAUAAUGUAUAGAGUUUAGAAUUUUUAAUGAAAUUUUGGAUAUGGUUUUUUGGGAAAUUUACGCGAAUUGGUUAGAAUUACAUAUUUUUAUAACCACUCUAUUCACUAAGAAUAAUGUACAUGAUGUUCCCAAUAUCACCCUGUUUUAGGUUAUUUUCCAAGUCCAGCGUAAGUUAUGAUUUUUUUGGUUAAAGGAUAGCAAGUUUUGGUUGGCUUUGCCAGGAGCAGCUAAAGAAUCAGGAAUAGAGGAAAGAUACUCAUUACGGAAGACACAGAAACUCCAAUCCAAAUUCCUGUUUACGUUAAUUUGUUAAAAAGAUCUAAAAAUAAAAAGAAUUCUUA